CUUGCUACUCUGACUUUCUGCGGCGAGCUUGAUUACUGGAAUACAUUUUACUUUUAAAGAUCUGAAAGGUGGGCAGCUUCUUGCCUGAUGUAUUGUCAGUGUCAUGUGUCAGUGACAUCAUUCAAGCUCUUUAAUACGUGGUGUCACAUCUGAUCUGAGGUGUUGGACUGACUCAUUAAAGAAAGAAUUUUCUACAUAAUCGACAAUGACGUGGACAGUGACUCGCAGUAACCUGGUUUUAGGAGUCUAUGGAUUCACUCUCAUCACAGGUCUGCCUGCCAACCUCCUGGCUUUUUACACCUUCUUCCGGAAGAUCCGCAAGAGGUCCACCCCUAUGGAUGUCUUUCUACUGAGUUUAACUAUUUCAGACCUGGUUUUCCUCUUCUUUCUGCCGUUUCGUAUGAUAGAGGCGGCAAAAAUGAAGUGGACGCUGCCGUUCUUCCUCUGUCCGCUGACGGGUUUGGUUUUCUACGCCAUCAUCUGCAACAGCACGUUUCAUCUGACGGCCAUCAGCAUCGAGCGCUACCUGGGUGUGGCCUUCCCCAUAAAAUACAAGUUAAAACGCAAUUCCAGAAAUGCAGUGAUCGCCGUCGUCAUAUUCUGGAUCUUGUCGAUGGCACAAUGCAGCAUCGUCUACGUCAUCCAAUACUACGAUCAUUCAAACCCGAACAUGACCGACCCAUCCAUGAGGAACACCUGCUAUGUGGAAUUCACUCCCGAACAGCUGAGAAUCCUCCUGCCGGUUCGUCUGCAGCUUUUCGUCGUCUACUCCUGCAUUCCUAUCCCCAUCUGCUGCUUUUGCUACUUCAGAUGCAUCCAGAUCCUCACCAAUCUACCCAACGUCAACUCCAUGAAGCGAAUGAGGUCUAUCGGGAUGGCGCUGGGAACGCUGCUGAUCUUUAUUGCCUGCUUCAUGCCCUUUAGCAUAUCCCAUGUUGUAGGAUAUGUUAACAACCAAAGCCCCGAAUGGAGGGAGUAUGCGCUGCUUUUCUGCACGCUAAACGCGUGUCUCGAUACUUUCAUAUUCUACUUUUCUUCUUCGACGUUCAGAGAGAUUUUCAAGAGCAUCUUGCGAGAGCUGCUCAGGCGCUUGGCCAUGCUUGGCUGCCACUCAGUUCUCUACUGCCCCCUGUUGAGAAGUGGGACACCAGAGGAGAGAACACAGAGAUCUUAUGACAGUUCCCACUGACGGUGCUGGAUGUGUUGAGUCCUGUGGCUGAGUAUGAAGGAUUGGGAGGAUCUCUGAGGCUUAGAUAAGCACGAGUGCUAUGCUUCUUUUUGCUUAUGUUUAAUAUUUAUAUACAGUAUUUAUAUCAUAGUCAACCAUUGUCAGUAGAUGUAAAUCAACGCCAAUCCCAGUGUUUUGUAAUUCUGAUGCACUGAUCUGACCGAAGUUACAUUCUUAGUAUUCAGACCACAGAGAUGCUCAAACAGAUGCUGAUUGCAAAACUUUGCACAUUCUGAUGUAACCCUGCCUGUGAAAACCCAGCUAAAGUCAUUUAGUAGGAACUCACUGUUUCUACUUGAAACUAUUCUGUGAAAAUAUAACCUUAUCCCAUUAUUAGAUUAUGAAACUUUAGUCUGGAUUUAACAGACAGUGUCUCAUAGUUUAAAUAUUCACAAGAUG